UGCGAGUGCCAUGAGUGGAUGUGCGAGACCUACGACGGGAGAACCUGUGCAGUGAUCACACAUGGACACAUAUGUUAAAGACUGUUAAGUUGGAUAUCGCUUCCCAAAUCCUCCCUUUCUGAUUCUAUGGUACAGUGGUCCUCUCCCACAUCCUUCCCUCUCAUCCAGUGAAGAUCCUUUGGCGGCAGCUUCCUGCCCUAUCCUGAACAAAGGUUAAAAACCUAGAGAUGUGGAUGGAGGAAUGAAGAACCAGGGUCUCUGCUAUAAGAGUGGACAAUCUGGGGAGUUGGAUUAACUUGCUUCUGGAUCACCAUCGCCAGGCUGGGUCUGGAGAGCCAGGGCAGCCAAGGGAGCGUGGCAGAGGGCAACAUCCUACCGUGGGAAAGGCCCUGGAAACUGCCUUCACAGUUGGGAGGUCUGAUGCAGAGGGAAAAGAGAGGGAGACUUGGCUUUACAGGAUGGAGGGAGCUAGAAUGGAGGCCAUUGGAUAAAGUGGUCUUCUGGGCUCUUACCGAAAAAAAUGUUCUCUACCUGAGACCUCAUAUGACUUCCACUGGGAGCUGUCUCCACUUUCAACUUCCAUUUCCUUUGAAAUUCCACUGGCUGGCCUUAGGUUCCACAUGUGCAGAUGAGAAGUCUCUUGCACGAAGCCUGGUCAUUGUAUUUCCUUUGCAGAUGCCACGGUGUGUGUGACUGUGGAAAGUGCAGAUGUGAUGGAGGAUGGUCUGGGGACGCUUGCCAGUACCCGAAGACCUGUGACCUGACAAAGAAACAGAGCAACCAAAUGUGCAAGAAUUCUCAAGAUAUCAUCUGCUCUAAUGCAGGUACAUGUCACUGUGGCAGGUGUAAGUGUGAUAAUUCAGAUGGAAAUGGACUCGUUUAUGGUAAAUUUUGUGAGUGUGAUGAUAGAGAAUGCAUAGAUGAUGAAACAGAAGAACUAUGUGGAGGCCACGGAAAGUGUUACUGUGGAAACUGUUACUGCCAGGCUGGUUGGCAUGGAGAUAAAUGCGAAUUCCAGUGUGACAUCACCCCCUGGGAGAGCAAGCGAAGAUGCACGUCUCCAGAUGGCAGAGUCUGCAGUAACAGAGGGAUUUGUGUGUGUGGUGAAUGUUCUUGCCAUGAUGUUGACCCGACUGGAGACUGGGGGGAUAUUCAUGGAGACACCUGUGAGUGUGAUGAAAGGGACUGCAAGGCUGUCUAUGACAGAUAUUCUGAUGACUUCUGUUCCGGUCAUGGGCAGUGUAACUGUGGAAGAUGUGACUGCAAAGUAGGCUGGCAUGGGAAAAAGUGCGAGCACCCACUUUCCUGCCCGCUGUCAGCUGAGGAGAGUAUCAAGAAAUGCCAGGGAAGCUCUGCUCUGCCUUGCUCUGGAAGGGGUAAGUGUGAGUGUGGCGAAUGCACUUGCUACCCUCCGGGAGGCGGCAGGGUAUAUGGCAAGACGUGUGAGUGUGACAAUCGCCGCUGCGAAGACUUGGACGGCGUGGUCUGUGGAGGCCACGGCACGUGUUCCUGUGGUCGCUGCGUUUGCGGGAGAGGAUGGUUCGGGAAGCUGUGCCAGCAUCCGCGGAAGUGUAACCUGACGGAGGAGCAGAGCAGGAGUCUGUGCGAAUCGGCAGAUGGCGUACUGUGCUCGGGGAAGGGUUCUUGUCACUGUGGGAAGUGCAUUUGUUCUGCCGAAGAAUGGUAUAUUUCGGGAGAAUUCUGCGACUGUGAUGACAGAGACUGCGACAAACAUGAUGGUCUCAUUUGCACAGGGAAUGGAAUCUGUAGCUGUGGAAACUGUGAAUGCUGGGAUGGAUGGAACGGAAAUGCAUGCGAAAUCUGGCUCGGCACAGAAUAUCCUUAACAUGGCAGAGAACUGGAUUCUUAUUUUUCUAGGCCAUUAGAACAUAUAAAUGCAGAGGGAACCACAUAUAAUCACCCCUAGGACAGGUCAGACAGACCAUUGUAUGUUUUUCUAUUUCUGAACGCCUCAGUGAAAUCUGGGUACCCAUUAAAAAUGAGUUAAGCAAAUUCUGAUGUAAAUAACGCCAGAAAGAUUUUUUUCUACCUUAAUUUACAUCAGUGGUUCUCAACAAGGGCAACUUUACCACCCAGAAGACAUUUGGCAAUGUCUACAGACAAUUUUCAUUGUCCCACUGGGUGGGGUGGGAGGGCGUGCUGUGGGCAUCUAGUGGGUGGAGGCCAGGGAUGCUGCAAACAUCCUCUGGUGCAGGACAGCCUCCCACAGCAAUGAAUUAUCUGACUUCAAGCAUCAAUGGUGCCUGAGCUGAGAAACACUGAGUUACACGGUUGUUAGAAAUGCACACCCCUAUACAAGAAAGACCAUACUGGAGUCUAAGGAAAAGAUAUAUCCUCACAUAAAUCCAUUGACCAUAUUUUGCCAGUAUUUCCAUAUGGAGACAUGAGGUAGGUGGUAUACAAACACACAUGGGGUAGGGGAGCAGGCAGAAACUACAUCACCGGUGCUUU